UUUGGAAGACCUUCAGUGCAUGUUUUAUUUGCAUGAAAGUCACGUAUAUAUUUUUAACAUUCUUGCAUAAUUUCCAUCUUUCAGUUUCAUCUUCAUGCCCUAAGAGAUAGAGUUAUGUGGUAGAACACAGUUAGAAAUAGCAUAUCGAUAUUUUAUGUGAAAAAGUGACUAAAGGUCGAACACAAUUACUGUGUUUAUCACCUGUUACUUCCUCACCAGAGCUCUUUUAUUUCUGUGUAAACAGCAGGUCUCAUAAUCAGGGCUUUCCUGAUUUGAAAGCACAUUACCUGGAUAUUUUACUCCAAGAAGAAGAGGUUUGGCCAUCAGUCAAGCUGAGAAUCACUAAGUCACAGGUUCGGUCAAAUUCACAAAAAGAUCUUUGUGCUAAACAAACACCAAACAACAGAUGCAAGCAUCAAGAAUUUCAGAGAGGAAACAAAUAAGCAAGAACAAGAACAAGGCCAUGAAAGCUCGUAAACUGAAAAGGCUCAAAUGUUAAAUAGCAUAAUGAAGAGGAAGAGAGGGCCAAGGCAACAUAGACACAAAUAACAGAUUAAAUACUGAGAAAAAGAGAGUGAUCAGCUACAUACAGGAGGGUACUGAUUCCUAAAAAGUACUGGAACAAAACAAGACAGUGGAAUUAGGAUGUAUCAAAAAUCAAGCAUGUCAAGAUAUAUGAAAAUAUUCCUGUUGUUUGUUAUUGUCAUGAGUCUGGGGACUAUUUAUAAAAUAUGGCCAGUGUAUUUUUUUGAAAACCUCUUGGCUCCAAGUAGAAAAACCAUGGAUAUUAUGGAAACGUUGUUUGCUGUACCAGUCAAUACCAAUCUCAGUUCUACCACCAGACUAUUGAAUAAAGAUGUUAGUGCAGUAGAAGAGGAACAGCUCAAAGAGGCACUUGCAUGGCCUGCCCCUGAGGAGCUGGUGUCGUUUGAAAACUCCACUGAUCCAAGAAUUUGUUCCUGUUUCAUUAAGAAUUUAAAUAAAACCUACUUUGUUGGGGACACACUGGACGUGAUUCUGGUGGCAAGAAAUCAGCUUGGCAACCUAAAACACUAUGGAGGUGACUUUUUCCAGGCAAAGAUUCAUUCUCCGGAGCAGAAGGCCAGCACCUAUGGCAUAGUGGUGGACCACCGAAACGGGAGUUACACAGCAAAAUUCUUACUUUUAUGGUCGGGCAAGGCUCAGGUCUCCAUCCGCAUGAUCCACUCUAGCGAGGCAGUGGCAGUGAUCAGGAAGCUGCGGGAGUCUGAUCCGCACAAAGUCUUUUUCUAUGGUUACUUUGAGCAUGGGAAGACAUCAGAGAAAACUGUAUGUAAUAUACUAGAGACUCAUAAAAAUUGCUGCUGCACCUAUGUAGACCCGAUCACACAAGACACUUGGUACUGUGGUCGGCCCCCCACCCUGACAUGUGACAAGUUAAAAUCUCAUAGCAUGGGGGGAUAUAAAGCAAAGUUAUCCAAAAGUGAUGAGAAUCUUCUACGUGCGACUGUAACUAACAUUGAAGUACCAGAGAGCAAAAUACAAAUUCACAUUAUUCAAAAGAAAAUCACACUAGACCUCAAGAAAUGCACACCAGGGAUGAAAGUUCCCGUGCCGGCUGGAUUCUACCUGCAGGACCAUUGGACGUCGUUUGUAUGCUCCACUAAGACCUUCAGCCAGGUCAGCCAAGUAACCAGUUGUUUGAGGAAGAAGAACAUCUACAUGAUGGGAGAUUCCACACUGCGCCAGUGGUUUGAGUACUUGGAGCAGUUUGUGCCUUCUAUAAAACGCAUGGACAUGCAGACAUCUGCUAAGUCUGGACCAUUUUUGGCAGUGGACUCUGAGAACAAUAUUGUCAUGAGGUGGCGCGCUCAUGGCGUACCUAUCCGAACCUCUAAGACAAUAUUUGCCGAUCUCCACUACAUCUCUAACGAGAUUAGGAAUUUAGGAGGAGGUCCUAAUGUAGUAAUUGUCUUCAAUCUGUGUGCCCACUUCACCACACUCCCUGUGCGCAUUUACAUCCAACGGGUGGCCAGAAUCCGAAAGUCUAUAGUAGAAUUGCUGCAGCGAAGCCCAGAGACCACAGUCAUCAUCAAAACUGCAAACACAGGUUAUAAAGAUGUCUAUGGGAGUGACUGGCUCACCCUGCAGCUUGACAUAGUCUUGAGGAAGAUGUUUGAAGGCAUUGCAGUGGUGAUUAUUGAUGUUUGGCAGAUGACUUCCUGCCACUACUCAGGAGAAAAUAUCCACCCGGGGAAGACUGUGAUCCAGAAUGAAGUUGACAUGUUCCUGUCCUUUCUGUGCCCAGUGUGACAACUGCUGCUCAAUGUAAUGUUAUAUUUAGGUUAAAUAAAAAUCUAACAUUCUACGCUACUUGAAUGAGCACCAACUCAUUUUUGUUGUGAUGUUGAUAAACUGCUCCCUGUAAACCUAAAAUAUUUUGGAAACAUAAUUAACACAACCUUUAGUAAGCAUGAUUCUCUAAUGAUGCACAUGAUUGAUCACUGAGACAGUAAAAAUUGUUCAAGAUAAAAAGAAUGUAUUUCUUGUGUUUAGUUAUAUUUUUGUAUCAGUACAAACAUUGAAAGCAGAAGUGAAGCAAAUAAAUUAAGUAAACUGAUGAGGUUGUAAGAAGCUUUUCAACAUAGUGAUCAUACGGAACUAUGCAUUUGCACUUUUGCUCUAAAACACUGCAAAAUUAUUGUAGUGCUGUGACAGAGCAACAACAUUGCAUGCACAAGUCAAUCUGACUGGAAUGUUAUUCCACACUGCACAACCAAGAAUUUAGACAAACCAUUUGUUAAAAAUGAGAAGGGUGAAUGUUCAUUACUUUAGCGAUAUCAUUAAAAUGUAUCCUCUACUAACUAUCCUUCAGUUUAAAAAAAUUCUGAAAUAAGAAUCCAAAUGAAGCAGUAACAUAGGUUAGGAGUUAUGGUGGUGUCCAGCUUUAAAAAAAAUGAGAAAGCUGGGAGGAGAGGCAAAGUCAAAAAACAAAGUGAAGAUCAGAAAUACUAUCAACCAAAGCCAAAACACAAAGUAAAAUUCAUAGUCAUAA